UAAAUGGUACGACAAAAAACGGUCUCACUAUCGCAUGACCUUUCCUGACCCAUUCCCCCUAAUCCCGCAGUAAAUCCGCGUGCUAAAAUGGUUUUAUCAAUGAAUAUUUUAAGUUUAUUUCUCGUGUUUCUCUCUUGGUGAUCUCUACGUAAUCUAAAUUAUUAUUUCAGUGAGUUGUCUAGACUUUCAAGAGCACCCGAGGCUUCUCUCUUGCCUCAGUCUCUCUCUAACUGCCCUCGCGAGUGGAUUAAAUUAAAAAGGUUUCCUCAGGAUUUUCCUAUAGCUUCAUUUUCUUCUGUGAGAAAUUUGUGAAAAGGGUUAAAAAAAGUGUACAAAGAAUGAGUUGUCCUUUUAAUGGAGGUCCAUCGCGUCUUGGCGAUGAUCUUCCCGAACAGGGAAUGAUGUACGGCGAGUAUCUAAUGCUGGACAAAGUUUUAAAUGCCCAGAGGCUGGUUUCCAGCACAACUGGAGACAAAGUUCAUGAUGAGCAUCUCUUUAUCGUCACCCAUCAAGCUUAUGAGCUGUGGUUCAAGCAAAUCCUCUAUGAAUUGGACUCAAUCCGAGAUCUGUUCAAGGUGGAGCGAAUUGAGGAAUCACGCACUCUGGAGAUUGUGAAGCGACUCAAUCGAAUUGUUCUGAUACUGAAACUCCUCAACGAACAAAUACCCAUCCUGGAGACCAUGACCCCGCUGGAUUUUAUGGAUUUUCGUCGACACCUGGCACCCGCAUCGGGUUUCCAGAGUCUCCAGUUUAGGUUGAUGGAGAAUAAGUUGGGAGUGAAGAUGGAGCAUCGAGUGAAGUACAAUCAGAAUUAUUCUGUAGUCUUUGGGCAAGAUCCCGCGGCAGUGGAGGCAAUAAUGGAAUCGCACAAGGAGUCAUCGCUCCUGGAAUUGGUGCAAAAGUGGCUGGAGCGAACACCAGGCCUCGAGGAGGAUGGAUUUAAUUUCUGGGGCAAGUUCAAGGAGAGUGUAGACAAAUUCCUCAAGCAUGAGGAAAUUGAGGCUAAAAAUGAGCCUGAUGAGUCCAACAGGAACUACCGGCUGAUGGACAUUGAGAUGCGCAAGGGAGUGUACAACUCCAUCUUCGAUUCCAGCUCCCACGAAGCUCUUGUGCUUCGUGGGGACCGUCGAUUUAGCCACAAAGCACUACAGGGAGCAAUUAUGAUCACUUUUUACCGAGAUGAGCCGAGAUUCAGCCAGCCUCAUCAGAUCCUUGUGCUCUUAACUGAUAUUGAUUCCCUGAUCACAAAGUGGAGAUAUAAUCACGUCACAAUGGUUCAGAGGAUGCUGGGAUCCCAACAAUUGGGCACUGGAGGCUCUUCUGGGUACCAAUAUUUGCGAUCAACUCUCAGCGACCGUUACAAAGUGUUCCUGGACCUCUUCAAUUUGUCCACCUUCUUAAUUCCACGCUCCUGGAUUCCUCCACUGGACACUAAACUCAAUUGGAGCUUCGAUGCACCAUCUCUAAAGUGAAUUCACAAAAUUUCUAUUAAAAAUUUUCCAGGAAAAUGUAGAAAAAAACAAUUUUGUAUGCUACUUCGUUCAAUAAAAACGGUUUUUUAUCGA